AUGCCGUCAGCAGCACGAGCACCAACAUCUGGUAGGCCGCCAUCGCCAUCUCCUUCUCAAAUCCCUCUUCCCGCGUCGCCAACAUACUCGUACGCCUCCACAGCCAAUCCGCUCUCUCAAUAUAACCUACCACUCCCGCCUCCGCCCCGACCAGCCCACGCCGUCCUCUCCAAAAAUGACCUCGAGCAAUCGCAGCUAGCAUACUCCGACUUGCUAGCCACAGCUAAAUCGUACCGGAUCGCGCUCGCAUCCCUUUCUACCGCCGCCUCCGCAUUCGGCUCCGCCCUCGAGUCCUGCGCGAGGCUAAAAGAAGCCCGAGCCGACACCCUCGGCCCACCUAGUGGUACUAGCUUAACCAAUAGCUUUACUACGAAGGGAUCAUGCACCGCCGAGCUACUAUUGAGCGCAAGUGGUGUGCACCACCUAAUCGCAAACCACCAGCAGAUCUUAAGUGAGACAGUAUAUAAGUCAUUCGAGGUGCCGCUACUGCAUGAGUUGGACCAGUGGCGGCGAAAUAUCGAGGACGAGGAUGAGACGUACAAACGUGAAGUUGCCGCGCGCAGCCGCGAGAUCCGCCGCCUCGAGAAGGAAGGGUUGAAGCUGCACCGUCAGAGUCGACGUCGGGAUGUAGCCAAGUUCCGCGAGCACCUGGUUACGCUAACUAGUAAACUUGACGGUCUAACAGGAUUGCAUGCAGACCAUGCCCGUACUCUACUACGCGACUCACAGGAGGCUUCGGCUAAGAUUCUCGAUGCAAGCUGUUCGCUCGUACGUGCCGAGGUCGACAUUUUCGAGGGCUUGGCGCGGAAAGGGUGGACGGGCGGUGGGCUUGAGGAUUUGCUAGAGAAGGGCCAGGACUUAUUUGCGAGCGACGAGGAUGGGCUGCCAGGGGCUGUAACGGCGGCGGGAGUCACUAUUAUGGCGGCCAACAGUGCCGUCGGAGAAGGAGGGGCGAAGCUGUUUAGUAUACUCCCGCCCAAGAGCAUCCUAGCAAACGAUGCGGCCUCGACUUCCGUCUCGGAUUCGGUACUAACAGCACGUGCGGGUGGGCGCGCCGAUAGCUUAGUGGUCGAUCCGGAGGAAGAUCAGUUUCAAAGCUUAACAGGGGCCGUGGAACAACCACAAAACCGCGGGAGAGAUAGAGAAGACACAGAGAGCAUAUUCUCAGAGUCCAACAUGAGCCGGGGGUUAAGGCCGUUCAGUCCACAGCCUAUCCGCCGGCGAACUACGGACGUGGUCAUGGACCCGGAGGAACUAUUAUUUGGCGGCGCCGAGCAAGAGGAAGUUAACAACGACCUCGUAUCGGAUGUAGACGAGGACGACGGUAGUAGCAGUGACGACCCGGUUUCGUCACCAUCCCCGCCGCCGACGGGGAAGGACGAGGUAGACGAUAGAGAGAUAGAUAGGCAGUUUGCUUGA